CUCGGUGUCUCGACAAAAAAGAAAAUAGCAAUCAGCGAUCCCGAAGAACAAAGAAGAUCAGGGAGGAUUUUAAAAAAAAAGGUUGUUUCUGAACAGACAACAGAUCUUUGUGAUUCUCUUGGCUGUUCAUUUUUGAAACCGUAACCAGGAAGUGAAAUAAAGGUUAGAUUGCUGGAGCUCAAAUAAAGAAAAUGGAUUCACGGUCUGUGGAAGAACUUUCUUGCGCUUUACACAGUGAGAAACUCGAUUUCUUCUGUCUGGAGGACAAACAGCCUGCGUGUUUAAUGUGCAGAGAUUCACAGAAACACGACAAUCACACAUUCAGACUUAUCAGUGAAGUGGUUCCGUCAUACAAGAAGGAGCUCAGUUCCGCACUGAAAUCCUCACGGAUGAAGCUUAAACACAGCGAAGACAUUAAAGAAAAGUGUGUGGAAACUCUUCAGCACAUCAAGUCCCAAGCUGAGCGCACGGAGCGGCAGAUUAAACAGGAGUUUAAGAAGCUUCAUCGUUAUCUCAGAGAUGAAGAAGAAGCUACAAUCAAUGCACUGAGGGAGGAAGAGGAGCAGAAGAACCAGAUGAUGAAGGAGAAGCUGGAGGAGAUGGAGAGACACAUCUCAGAUCUUUCACACACAAUCCAAGACAUGGAAGAGAUGAUGACAGCCAAUGAUAUCUGCUUUUUAAAGAAGUUUCCAGUCCCAAUGGAAAGAGACCAGAGUUCAGAGCCGGAUCCACAGAUUGCUUCUGGAUCUUUGAUUCAUGUGCCACAUUACUUGGGAAACCUGCCAUUCAGAGUGUGGAAGAAGAUGCAGGACAUCGUCCAAAACACUCCUGUGAUUCUGGAUCCAAACACGGCUCAUCCAUGUCUCAUCCUCUCUGAUGAUCUGACUAGAGUGAAACAGGGUGGGAACAAACAACUGCUUCCUGAUAAUCCAGAGAGAUUUGACCUUUUUCCUUGUGUUCUGGGUUCAGAGGGUUUUAACUCAGGAACGCACUGCUGGGAUGUGGAGGUUAAAAAGAGUUCACGUUGGAGACUUGGAAUAACUACAGCAUCAAACCAGAGGAAGGGAGGUGAUUUCUUUAACACUGAUGUCUGGAGUGUGCAGUACGGACUGGUUGAAGAGUCUGGUUAUCUUGUUAAACAGAAGCUUGAUCGUGUGAGAGUUGAUCUGGACUAUGACAGAGGAAUGGUGUCAUUUUCUGAUCCUGUAUCUAACACAUAUCUACACUCAAUCACAACCACCUUCAAUGAGACAGUCUAUCCGUUCUUUUAUAGUUUUUUCCCUCUGAGGAUCUUAUCGUCAGAUAGUCAGUAAACGUCACCUCUGGCUGUAGGUUUGGAUCGACCUGCUUUUAUCUUUUACAGUCAUCAUGUUUCCAGUAUUUAAUCCAUAUAACAUGAGUAAGAGUGCUGUUGAUCUGAAUAUCAGUACGGCUGUGAUUGGGCCGCAGGUGAUCACAUGACUGAUAUCCUGCACUACAGCAACACUGACAAUGUCAUAUUGCUUUUAUACAAAAGAUCAAUAGACAAGAAGUUAAUAUCAA